CAACAAAACCGCAAACGGUGGUCUUCGGUGCGCGUCCCGCCGCUAUAACGUGUACAGUGUGGCGCCGCCGCCGCUGCACCGCGCACAGCAACGGCUCGCCCGGCCGACGACGACAGCAACAGUCCGACAGACGCAAACACGCGACCGACAUGGAACCAUCACCGGUUGCACGGCCGCUACGGGAACCGCCGCACGGACAGGCGCAAAACGACCGGCAGACUUCCGAUGACGCCUCGCCCGAGCCCUGUUACAUCGACGAAGCCACCGGCACCAUCUCCGAGAAGGUAACGGCUGCCACGGUAGCCGAUCGCUCGGAGACGACGACGGCCGCCGACGAGAAUAUUCCUGCCUCAGUGACGACUGCGAACGAGAAUAUUGCGACUGCGGUGACGACCGCCGACGAGAAUAUUUCUAUUGCGGCGACGACCGCCAGCGGAGAUGUCACUACUGCGUCUGCUGCAGUGGCGACAUUGCAAGUGACCACUGACGAGAAGGCGGUGACCGCCACCGCGCAGGUAUCCGAAAUUAUUGAAAAUGAAAUAAAUAAAAAAAAUGAAGUCAUCAUUAGUGUUACUUCACAAAUGCAGGUAAAUAACGGUGUUACAAAUAUGAGUAAGAAAGAGCAAAAGAUUGAAAACGAUAAGAUGAUAGCAGAACAUGAAAAAAUGUGGCUUACUACAAAAGAAGCAAGUGCAAUAAGUGCUGAAGAUGUAGUGUCCAGAUUAAGAGUUGGUUUUAGGAGCGGAUUAUCUUGGAAAGAAUGUGAAUUUAGAAGGCAGAUAACAGGAUACAAUGAAUUUUCUGUUCAUAAAGGAGAUCCGUUAUGGAAAAAAUAUAUUGAACAGUUUAGAAAUCCAUUGAUACUCCUUUUGUUAGCUUCAGCUGUCGUGAGUGUAUGUAUGAAACAAUUUGAUGAUGCCUUCAGUAUUACUACAGCCAUUAUCAUUGUUGUUACUGUAGCUUUUAUACAAGAAUAUAGGUCUGAAAAGUCAUUAGAAGCAUUGACAAAACUAGUACCACCUACAUGUCGAUGCCUUCGAGAGGAACAAUUAGAAUCUAUGUUUGCAAGAUCAUUGGUACCGGGGGAUAUUGUUUAUUUGAGUACUGGUGAUAGAGUCCCUGCUGACAUUAGACUGUUUGAGGCUAUUGAUUUAGCUGUAGACGAAAGUAGUUUUACUGGUGAAACAGAACCAUGCAUGAAAACCACAGAAUUGGUUUUGAAUCCUGUGAGUCAUACAUCAAUGAAAAAUAUAGCAUUUAUGGGUACAUUAGUACGGUGUGGAAAUGGCAAAGGAGUAGUGGUAAAUACAGGAGAAAAAUCAGAGUUUGGUGAACUUUUCAAAUUAAUGCAAAGUGAAGAAGCACCAAAAACUCCUUUGCAGAAUAGCAUGGAUAUUCUGGGUACUCAACUAUCAGUGUAUUCUUUCUUUAUAAUUGGUUUAAUAAUGAUGCUUGGAUGGAUUCAGGGCCGACCUAUUUUAGAUAUGUUUACAAUUGGUGUUAGUUUGGCUGUAGCUGCAAUACCAGAAGGCUUGCCUAUAGUUGUAACUGUGACUUUGGCUCUUGGUGUAAUGCGUAUGGCUAAUAGAAAAGCUAUUGUAAAAAAAUUACCAACUGUUGAAACCUUAGGAUGUGUUAAUAUAAUAUGCUCUGAUAAAACUGGUACUAUAACCAAUAAUGAAAUGACUGUAACUACAAUUAUUACUUCAGAUGGAUAUUAUGCUGAUGUUUCCGGAACCGGUUACAACGAUCAAGGUGAAGUUCAUUUACUUAAAUCAUUCUCUUCAGACCAAGCUAAGCAAGCUAUAUAUAAUUUAUUAGAAGUUGGAGUUAUUUGUAAUAAUGCAACAAUCAAUGGAGAUACAUUACAGGGACAGCCUACUGAAGGGGCUCUUUUAGCAGUUGCUAUGAAGAAUAGAAUGUAUGGUAUUAGUGAUAAAUACUUAAAACUUCAAGAAUAUCCAUUUAGUUCUGAACAAAAACUUAUGGCUGUGAAAUGUGUUAAUAAAUAUGAUGAUGUUAAAGAAGAAAUUUAUUUUGUCAAAGGGGCAUUAGAAAAAGUCUUGAAACAAUGUACAAAAUAUUCUAGUGGGAAUGAAAGACUAUUAUUGAGUAGUAAAAAAGAACAAGAAAUUUUUACUGAAGCAUAUGAAAUUGGCAGAAAAGGACUUCGAGUCAUUGCAUUAGCUAAAGGUGAUUCUUUACAAGAUUUGGUCUAUUUGGGAUUAGUGGGAAUUUGUGAUCCACCAAAACCAUUUGUUAGAGAAUCUAUAGAACAGUUAUAUAACUGUGGAGUUAAAGUAAAAUUAGUAACUGGAGAUGCUCAAGAAACUGCAGUUGCUAUCGGAAGCAUGAUUGGCUUAGACAUGAUUCAUGGACAGACCAUGUCUGGCCAGCAAAUUGAUAAUAUGUCUGAUCAUCAACUAAAAGCAAUGGUAAACAAUGUAUCUGUUUUUUAUCGUGUUACACCUCGUCACAAAUUAACAAUAAUCAAGGCAUUGCAAGCAAAUGGUAAUGUUGUUGGAAUGACUGGUGAUGGAGUGAAUGAUAGUGUUGCAUUAAAAAAAGCUGACAUUGGGAUAGCUAUGGGUAAAAAUGGAACUGACGUUUGUAAAGAAGCAUCUGACAUGAUAUUAGUUGAUGAUGAUUUCCAAACAAUUGUGGCAGCUAUUGAAGAAGGGAAAGGAAUAUUUUUCAACAUUCGAAAUUUUGUGAAAUUUCAACUCAGUACUAGUAUAGCUGCAUUAUCUUUAAUUGCUUUAGCAACAAUUUUUAGAAUACCAAAUCCAUUAAAUGCCAUGCAAAUAUUAUGGAUUAAUAUUAUUAUGGAUGGUCCACCUGCCCAAAGUCUUGCAGUUGAACCAGUUGAUAAAGAUGUUGUAAAACAAGGUCCUCGGAAUGUUAAAACACCAAUGAUAACAAAAACGCUUGUAUUAAACGUUCUUUUUUCAGCAUCAAUUAUAAUUGUUGGAACCCUUUGGGUGUUUAAACGAGAAAUGAGUGACAAUGAUGUGUCUAAGAGAGACACUACAAUGACAUUUACCUGUUUUGUUUUCUUUGAUAUGUUUAAUGCUCUUAGCUGCCGUUCACAGACAAAAUCGGUAUUUACUAUUGGGUUGUUUUCUAACAAAAUGUUUCUUGUUGCUGUUACACUUUCUGUUGUUGGCCAAAUGUUAGUGAUAUACUUUCCACCAUUGCAAAGUGUAUUUCAGACAGAAGCACUUACUUUAUAUGAUAUUUUACUUUUAUUGGGAUUAACAUCAAGUGUUUUCAUUGUGUCAGAAAUAAAAAAAUUCUUCGAGCGACAUUUACAAAAGAGGCUAACUAGAGCACCUAAGAAACAAAUGGCUUUUGUGUAAUAAUUUGCAACUACUAAACUUAGUUACAUCAUAAAUGGUAUUAAAAUAAUUAUAAUAAUAAUACCCAAUUAUAAAUUAAAUGACAAUCGAAUAGUCAUAAUAUAUAAAAUAUACAAAUAAUAUACACUAUAUUUGUAUUUUUUUUUUUAUAUUUAUUGAUGCAAUAUAAAUCUCAUGUUUUUUAGGUUAUGUAUUUGCAUAUUUUAGUUCCUUUCUUCUUUUAUUGACUUAAAUAUUUAUUAUUAUUAAUAAUACUAUAGGUAAAUCCAAAGUGUUA